AUGGAUGCCGUCACCCAGGUCCCCAUGGAUGUCGUGCUCCCCAAGCACAUCCUGGACAUUUGGGUCAUUGUCCUCAUCAUCCUGGCCACCAUUGUCAUCAUGACCUCCUUGUUGCUGUGCCCAGCUACUGCUGUCAUCAUCUAUCGAAUGCGAACUCAUCCUGUCCUCAAUGGGGCUGUCUGA